AUGGAGGAGAAGAAGCUGGGUUAUUCUAUUCCUAGAGAUGAGUUGGAUGGUUCGUUCACCGGGAACUCAGUGGCUGAGUCGCUGAGGUUGGUGAUGGUAGAGGAAGGAGGACAGCCAUACAGGGACAAGGUAAAGGAGAUGAGCAGACUGUUUGGUGACAGGGAUAGACAAGACCGCUACGUGGAUAAUUUACUGGCUAAUCUUCAAAAUCCUAGAUGGGUCGGGUCAACCCGAACAUCGAAUUCCAAGACUGUGUAG